CGACAACAAGGACCGGGCGCCUUUGAAAGAGAGGGGUGUCCAAUGUUCUCAACGCCAAAUGCCUCACGGGGCCUGCCACGGACCAGGAGGACAGUGGGGUCGGCGAGAUCGUCCAGGGCAGGCACGCCGGUCAGCCAAGGGGCCGGGCAAGGCGAUGCUGCCACGCCCUUUGCGCUGGGCAGCACGAGCCGCACGCCGAGGCGAGGCGGCUUGAGAGGCCCACCGAGGCUGGCAUCACCCGCGGUUCUGCCGGCUGAGGACGAGGCGGAUGUCGAUGAUGCUGUAAUGGCAGUGUCUCUCACUAGUAUGGGAGGUGGCGCCAAGUGGAACCAAGCCCCGGCGCUGGAAGAGGGCGCCAUUCUGGCAAAGGACGACGUCAGCGCCAUCUCGGUCUUCUCGAGGCUGCCGCUCGAGGUCGCCGCUAGCCUUCAACACACAGACCCAUACUCGCACUUUUCAAGGGCAGAGCUGGACACCCAGACGGGCUUUGCCCACCUCGUCACCCAUGACAAGUGCUUCGUCUGGAGCUUUGUCAGUCGCGGAUUCGACUAUCCGACAUGCUACAGCUUCACUAUCCCUUCGUCGUCUUCGAACUCGACUUCGUCCUCUUCAACCAGCAUCACGCCGGUUGGGGCGGCGUUCUCCGCUCUGGUGCCUCGAUCGAGCGAUCGCGAGCCUGGACUUAUUCUUGUGUCUGCCGCAGGCGACUUUCGAUUCUGGGAGAGCGUCGCUUCGCUGACGGCAGCAGCCGAUCGUGCCAACCAGCUGAGCGUCCCUCUCGGUUCCGGCGAGACAGUGACGGCGCUUCGCCGCUGUCAGACGACGAGCUAUGUGAUCGCCACGAGCCACUCGAGGCUGUUUCACGUCCACCUCUCUGCUCAGCAGGGCCGCAUGCAACCGCACGUCUCCGCCUUCGCUCAGCCGCGUGGGAUCUUUGGAAGGCUCUUUGGCGCAGCGGCCAGCUUCGCCUCUUCCGAGGGAGGCAUCGUCGCGCUCGACUCGUGCUCCUCGCAAGAUGGCUUCGCUCACGUUUUUGCGGCAGGAAAGAACCUCUUGCAGAAGUGGAGCCUCGUGGAAGGGCCCGCUGAAAAGCUCGUCAUCGAACAGGACAUACGGCCGCUCAUUGCCAAUGCUGUUUCCGAGGGAGGCGCAGCCACCGUGGACUGGGCAAAGAUCGAAUGCAGGGACGUGGCCGCCACGAAAGAGGGCGAUGUCGCCAUACUCUAUUCGCUCCGCUCCCCUUCCUCGUCAGACGACUCCCAUGGGCUGGGCAUUGCCCGCGUCUCGGUGCCUUCAUCUGCGUCUUCCUUUGUCGUCGAGAGAGCUUAUCCGCUCCACCAUCGCUACUUGCCCCAGUCCUCGUCUCUCGUCGCAGGGCCACGGCUAGCGCUCCCCAACGGUGGAUCUGUGGCAUUUGUUCUUCUGCCCGAUGCCAUCAUCACUCGCGUCCUUGACGACAACGACAGUCUAUUCGAAGACUCCAUUGGACUCAAGGAUGCGCCCGGUGUCCGCAUCGUCGGGUUUGGCAUAGAAGGACCCGAGAUCGAAGCAGCCACGGGCAUUGCCGCCAUGUCGCUCAUGACCCCAUCCACAGGCACCCUUCUCCUCGAGCUGGAUCCUGAAGCCGUCUCGACGAUAUCCGCCAGCCUGGCAUCACCGUCAGAGCGCAGCGUCGUGCAAACGGCCAGACUCAGGGCAAAGGUCGAGCAAGCCGUCUUUCAUGGCGAUGACGCUCGGAACCCGAUUGCAUUCAAGCUGGACCCCGAGACUAAGGGCGAUCUCAUCGCCGCUACGGAACAACUCAGCAGCGAGAUUGUCCUCGCGUCGUUGGAAAGCCUAGACUCCAUCGUUGAUAUCAAAUCGCAGCUCGCUACACGGCUCUACAGGCUGCAAGCUUUGAUUAAGUUUGUGGGCGAGAAUGGGGCUUUGGGAAAACUCUCGCAUACCUGCCGAAGGCGAUUGUGCUCUGAUGCGGAGCUCGUUGCGGCCGCCGUUGAGCUGUGGCAGUACCAAAACGACCUGCUCCGCGACAGUACACGACAGCUUCGGACGAUGAACCCACUGGCGAAAUCCAUCGAGGCCGUCAUGGGCCGGCUCGGCGGGCUUGGAGAGGACGCUGUUCGAUUGUUCUUGCGUAACGCUCUCAGCUACCUGAAUGAUGUGUUUGGACAGCUCUUGGUGGAAGUCCGCGCCUCGGCGUCUUCUGGCCUUGAAACACAGUCCAGUGUCAUCGAAGAAGCCAAUCGAGCCGUCUUGGCUGCAUUCGACGCCGCACUGCUCUAUCGAUCUGAGAACGCCAACCUCUACCGCCUCGAGGGAGAGCAGACGGCCCUCGAGACAUGGACAUGCCAGCCGAUCGACGUUGAGCUCGCCAGCUCGCUGUACGAAUGGACUGAAAAGCUCAUAAAGGAGCGGACGCGAAGGCUGGGCAACGACAUCGAUGCUGCGCUGAGAGAAUUUGUCGUAGACGUCGAUGACCCAGUCAGCGUGCAGCAGCGACAGCAACGAGAGCUCAAGGGCCAGCUGUGCGAGCUGGCAUCUGUCGGCCUGUCGAUCUACCAAGAGCGCCUUGGCUACCUCACCGCAGCUUCUGCCGCUGGCAACGCCUCCUUCGACCGCGAGAGGUCGGCCUUUGAGACUGCCUUCCAUCAGGCACGCUCCUCGAUGAUCCUGCCGCUCGUUUCCAUCGGGCGGCAAGAACGCGCGUUCAAUCUGGCCGAAAAGCACCGCGACUUCCGAACCUUGACAGAGCUUUGCAACUUGCCCGAAGCCUUUUCACAGACCCGCAUCAACCACUACCUGCACAAAUACAGGCACGCGUUUGCCUUUGAGCUCUAUCGAUGGUACUUGGAGAAGAACAAGGCGAGAAUGUUGCUGGAGCAAGACGAGACGUUUGGCGACCUGCUGCUGGACUUUCUCGAUGCAACGCACCACCCACGCGUCUCAUGGCUGCAUGACCUGGCUCUCUCGCGGUAUCAAUCGGCCUCCAAGACGUUGCUCGAGGAGGCUGACGGCGAGACGAGGCUGGGCUCGAAGAAGCUCAUGCUCAGCCUCGGCAAGUUGGCCUACGUUGCUGAGCUCGACGAGGACCAGAUUGCAACCAAGAAACAGCAGCAGCAGAUCGAAGUCAUCGACGAUCAGCUCGACUUGGCCAAUGUCCACGCCAGACUCAAGGAGCUGUUCGUCGGCGUCGCAAAGGAGAACAGGUUGUCUGGCGGCGGGGGAGAGCAGGAUGUAGCGGAGAGCGUGAGCGAAUUGCUGGCGCCGACACUGGGUCCGGCAUAUAGUCUCGUCUUUGCAGGGCUGGCGCGGAAGCUCAUGGCCGAUCUCGUCCUUUCGUCGGAGGAUCUCAUCGAUCUCCUGACGCUCAAGCAGCCUGCUCAUUCCUCGUCUGGUGGCGAAGCCGAAGACGAAACGGAAGGCGUUGCGAUGGACUUUACCGACUACACGACCUCACUCGAGGUCUACAUCCGGUCCAAAGACGUGCCGCCACAGCGGCUGGAAAAGGCGUCGCUGCCCUCGCUCUGGCGCCGCGUGAUCCUGCACGACGACUGGGCAGAGGUGCUGGAUACAGCAGGCGCAAGCGACGAAGAGGUCAAUGCGCGCAUCGAGUCGAGCGCGCUGUUUGCCGUCGUCAGGGCCGCCCUGGCCGCGCAGCAAGACGGCGGCGGCGAGGGCACCAUCGCUGAUCUUGUUCCAGACUCUGUCGAGGCUUGUCUCCAAGCGCCGGACCUGGAGCUGCUCCAAGCACGCUUUGCGGGAGAGGCCACCGAGAGGAUCGAGGAGCUCCACGCUGAAAUCGAGACCGAGGUGGAGACGUUGAGAGAAAUGGCAAGGACAGCAAGGCUCGACCGAUGGUGGGAGGAGAUCCUGAGGCUAGCACAGGUCAGCGUUGAUGUGGAGACGGCCGCAGAUGCAGAUACCGUGGAGAGCCCGACAGCGCCGCCAUCUAUGCACGACAAUGAUCUUGGCGAAGUCACAGAAGAGGACAUGGACAUGUAGACGGAUGACAUGGUGUAAAAAUGCUAUUCAUUCCUUUUU